ACAGCGUUCUCGGAUCUGUCUGGGUACAUGUGGAGAUAGGCUGAAGAAAAAGUUUUCCGCGGAGCGAUUCGUGACUUAAGACAGGGGGAGAUAGUGGAGUCCAGGGUUCGCACCAUGUUCAAGGCAGUCCUGAAGAAGAGCAGAGAUGGAGGGAGGGGGGUUAAGAAGGAGACAGCUGGUGAACCUCACGCCCACAGCGUCCAGCGACGGUGCCCGUCUGCGGCAGGCGGCCACUGCCAGGAGCUGGGCGGCUCCGCCCAGUACGCCCCUGUGGACAUGCUUCGUCUGAGCCUGGCCAAGGGCGUGUCCAUGUCCCUGCCCGGCUCGCCCCUGCUGCCCCGCCAGCCCUACCUGACACCCUCCCACUCCGCCCGAAGGUCCCCAGGACCCAUCAGGAAGCCGAAGUACGUGGAGAGCCCUUGUGUUCCUGAGGACAGUGUCGCCUCCGUGCUGAGGCGGGUGACUAACAGCACAGCAUCCUCCCAGAAUGAGCUGCAAGCGGAGAGCGAGCCAAGCCCCUCCCCCGCGACUCAGGAGCUAAUGACUAGGCUGGGAUUCUUACUGGGCGAAGGGAUCCCGGGAUCGGCGCGCGUGCCUAUGGAAGACAGGAACGAAAAGAAGUGUGUAGCAGCCAAUCAGGGAAUCAGCCCCUGCUCCACUCUGACCAGUAGCACCGCCUCCCCCAGCACAGACAGCCCUAGCUCCACCCUCAACAGCUGCGGGGGCCGGCCCCCUCCCCUCCGAUCCAGCCCCUGUGCCACCGUCACCAGUCUCAGCUCCACGCUCGAGAGCAAAGACAGCGGCAUCAUCGCGACGAUCACCAGCUCAUCAGAGAAUGACGACCGCAGCGGCUCCAGCCUGGAGUGGGGUAAAGAUGGCAGCUUGAUUGACAGCAGGCGCCAUGGCUUGGGGCGCAGCGCGCGGGCGGACACUUGCUCGCCGGUGGCCGAGGAGGACCCCGCGGGGCCAGUCGAGACGCCACCCAGGAUAGACUCGGCACCAGGAGCAGCAGCGCCCCCCGCUGGCGGGCCCGUUCCCGUCCCCACACAGAACCCCUCAGGCCUCAUGAUGCCACGCCCCAACUCCGUUGCAGCGACGAGCUCCUCCAGGCUGGAAGAUCUCCGCUUCCUCGAUGAGCAGCGCAGCAGCCCCCAGAGGACUUCCUGUCGACUGCCUGGGCGUGACACGGGAGGCCGGACACCACGGGAGUCCAGAGGCUGGUUCACGCCCUACAAGCCGGCGGCCAUCAUGCUCAAACCGCUGCUGUUCGAGGUGCCCAGCAUCACCACAGACUCCGUGUUCGUGGGCCGCGACUGGCUCUUCCAGGCAGCUGAGGACGCCCUGGGCGGGGCUGAGUCCUCCGGGAGCCGCGGCGUGGUCGUCGUGGGCGACGUGGGCUCCGGAAAGACGGCCAUCGUCUCCCGGCUGGUGGCACUUAGUUGCCACGGCUGCAGGAUGCGGCAGAUCGCCUCGAACAGCCCUGGCGCAUCCCCAAAAAGUGGCGUCGUGAACACGGACCCGCCCCUGAGCCAGGCCCCCGAGCCCGCCCCGUCCCAGAGCGCUGCCGCCGACACCCUGCAGAACGGCAGCUGUCCCGGGACGCCCGAGGUCCAGAGGCGUAGGGAGGAGGCGGUUAAACGAUUGGCCGCCAAGGUGGUGGCGUACCACUACUGCCAAGCAGACAACACCUACACCUGCCUGGUGCCGGAGUUUGUGCACAGUGUCGCCGCCCUGCUGUGCAGAUCGCGCCAGCUCAUCGCCUACAGGGAGCUGCUGCUGAAGGAGCCGCACCUACAGAGCAUGCUCAGUCUGCGCUCCUGCGUCCAGGACCCCGCCGCCGCCUUCCAGAGGGGAGUCCUUGAGCCCCUGGUCAACCUCCGCAAGGAGGGGAAGAUUCUGCAAGAGGACCACAUCGUGCUGGUCGACGGGCUGAACGAGGCCGAGUUCCACAAGCCGGACUACGGCGACACCAUCGCCUCCUUCCUCGCCAAAAUCGUCUCCAAGUUUCCCGACUGGCUGAAGCUGAUUGUCACUGUUCGCGUGACUCUUCUGGAGAUCACCAGCGUGCUUCCCUUCUCCAAGAUCUCCCUGGAUGACGUGCAGGGUAACGAGGCGAUCAGCGAUGACCUGGAGGCGUAUGUACGGCACCGCGUGGACCGCAGCGAGGAGAUCGCCGGAAACAUCUCGCUCAACGGCAGGACGGACCCGGCGGCCCUCUCCAGGGCAGGCAGCCACCUGGUCUCGCUCAGCUGCGGGUCCUUCCUCUACCUGAAGCUGACGCUGGACCUGUUCGAAGGGGGCCACCUGGUGGUGAAGAGUGGCGGCUUCAAGGUGGUGCCAGUGUCGCUGGCGGAGCUUUACCUGCUGCACUGCAACCUGCGGUUCCUCACCCGCGCCGCGUUCGAGCGGGCGCUGCCCGUACUCAACGUAGCGCUGGCGUCCCUGCACCCGCUGACGGAGGAACAGCUGUUCCGCGCUGUCAACGCCGCCCGCGCCCACGGCGACUUGGCCUGGGACGACUUCCGGCAGCGUCUGGACGCCCUCUCCGGCCUGCUCGUCCCGCGGCGGGACGGCACCCGCAUGUUCUGCCACCCCUCUUUUCGGGAGUGGCUGGUGUGGAGGGGCGAUGGGGAAAGCGCCGACUUCCUCUGUGACCCCAGGAGUGGCCACGCCCUCAUGGCCUUCAUGCUGUCCCGGCAGGAGGGGAAGCUGAACCGGCAGCAGACCAUGGAGCUGGGCCACCACAUCCUCAAAGCACACAUCUUUAAGGGUCAGAGUAAGAAGACGGGCAUGUCCUCCAGCGUGCUGCAGGCCCUGUGGAUUAGCUGGAGCGCUGACGGGCUGUCGGCUGCCUUGGCCUCCCUGAGGAACCUCUACACCCCCAACGUCAAGGUGAGCCGGCUCCUGAUGCUGGGCGGGGCCAACGUGAACUACCGCACGGAGGUGCUGAAUAACGCGCCGGUGCUGUGUGUGCAGUGCCACCUGGGCCACCAGGAGAUGGCCAGCCUGCUGCUGGAGUUUGGCGCGGCGCUGGAGGGCGUGUCCGAGCAGGGCAUGACUGCGCUGUGCCACGCCUCCGCUGCCGGGCACCUCGGCCUGGUCAGCCUGCUCUGCAAGAGGGGCGCCAAGGUUGCCCAUGUGGAUAAGAGCGGUCAGUGCGCCCUGGUCCACGCGGCUCUCAGGGGACACCCUGACAUCGUCCACUUCCUGCUGGAGACGGAGUGGACGUCUGAGAGCCAGCAGCAGGACCGAAGCCUGAAGGACAGGGCCCUUCAGCAGGGCCUGAUCGCUGCUGCCAGCAUGGGGCACAUGCAGGUUGUGAAAAGCUUGCUGGCACUGAAUAACGACAUCACGGUGCAAAUUAACGGCCACGACACUCUGUGGGGAGAGACAGCUCUGACUGCAGCUGCCGGCCGGGGGAGGCUGGAGGUGUGCAGGUUCCUGCUGGAGCAGGGAGCUGUGGUGCAGCAGCCCAACCGCAGAGGCCUGUCCCCACUCUUCUGUGCUGUGAGGCAGGGCCAGGGGCAGGUUGCUGACCUGGUGCUUCAGCAGGGCGCCGACCCCAACAUGAGUGACAAGCAGGGCCGCACCCCUCUGAUGAUGGCCGCCUGCGAGGGCCACCAGGGUACCGUCGAAUCCCUGCUGUCACACGGUGCGUCUUUAACCGCCAUGGAUAAGGAGGGGCUGACGCCCUUGAGCUGGGCCUGUCUGAAAGGACACAGGAGCGUGGUGCAGUUUUUGGUGGAAAAGGGGGCCGUCAUAGAUCACACCGACAAGAACGGGCGGACUCCACUGGACCUGGCGGCCUUCUACGGCGACUCUGAGAUAGUACACUAUCUGGUGGAGAGAGGCGCAGUGAUCGAGCACGCGGACUACAGCGGCAUGAAGCCUCUGGACCGGGCCAUCGGCUGUCGGAACACGUCGGUGGUGGUGACCCUACUGAAGAAGGGGGCCAAGCUGGGCUACAGAACAUCUCCUUACGAUCGAUCAGGAAAUGCCGCCUGGGCGAUGGCCACCUCCAAACCCGACAUCCUCAUCAUCCUCCUUCAGAAGCUGAUGGAGGAAGGCAACCUGCUCUACAAGAAGGGUAAGAUGAAGGAGGCAGCGCAGAGGUACCAGUACGCUCUCAGGAAGUUCCCCAGGGACGGCUUUGGUGACGACCUGAAGGCCUUCAGGGAGCUGAGGGUUUCGCUGUACCUCAACCUGUCCCGCUGCCGCCGAAAAACCAACGACUUUGGCAUGGCCGAGGAGUUCGCUACAAAGGCUCUUGAGCUGAAGCCCAAAUCGUACGAGGCGUACUACGCCCGGGCCAGGGCCAAGCGGAGCAGCAGGCAGUUCUCAGCGGCGCUGUCCGACCUGCUCGAGGCGGCCAGGCUAUGCCCGAAUAACCGUGAGAUCCGCCGGCUGCUGGCGAGGGUGGAGGAGGAGGUCAAGCAGGUGCAGCGCCCCCAGCCGAAACAGCAGGGGGCAGCACACCCCACGGUGCCCGCCCGCGACUCGGACCCCGAGGAGAAGGCCGAGGUUCCCGCCGAGCUGGAGGCGGACGAGCCAAACACCACAGAGGAAGAGCCCGCUGUGCACCCCGAGACGCCCGAGCUCUGGACCCACAGCAGCUACUCCCUGACCCAGCCGCUGCCGGAGGCGACUGCCCCCCCUCAGCAGAACCCCCGGCCCGGCUCCCCUCCCAGCAGGACACCCCACAGCUACCUCCGGGAGCCACCAGCACAGCCGGGCCUGGUACUACAGCCCAGCAAGCAGGCCCAGAUCGUCAGAACCAGCCAGCAUGUGAGUGCGCCGCAGUGCGGAGCCCAGCCCGUGGGUAAACCCCCGCCCCACUGCGCUCCCUCCAGCCCCCCGCCCGGCCAGCACGUCCCCACAGGUCUGAGGCUGGGCCCCGGCAUCCACGUCGUCCCCCUGCUGGCAGGCGCGGGGGACUGCGGAGGCCGGCUGGGGGAGCACCCGCCUGCCCCCUCCCAGCACUGUGACCCUGAACCCCCGCCCUCCGGCACCCGACUCUCCGCCCUCUCCGUGUCCUCCCUGGACGUGCUGGUAGGGGGCGCCCCGGCGCCCCUGGGGACGGCCCAGGAGGCGAGGCAGGAGUCGGUGUCCACCGCGGGGUCCCACGGCAGCAUGAAGGUGUCCAGCUCCACCAGCAGCCUGGGCUCCACCAGCAGCCUCUCGGACAGUGGCAAGCUGCAGGGCCCUGACGUGCGCACCAAGAGUGCCCCCGACAAGCCUAAGGGCGGGGCCGGCGAGCACAAGCCCCGCCCCUUCAUGGGGGUGACGGAUAAAACGGCUCGCUUCCAGCAGCAGCAGCAGCAGCAGCUCCAGUGCCACCAGGCCCCCCCGCCGGCUGGGCGCGGCUGGCUGAGUCACGCCCCCGAGGCACUGGGGGGCUUCGGCGAGCUGCCUUACUCCAAUGCCGGGGGCCUCUACCGCGAGCCGAUCAAAGCUCCUCCCCUGGGCGUGGUUGGGAGCCUGCACAAUGGCACGCACUCGCGGGAAUUCGCGGCAGCCUUCUGCCAGGCCGCCACCUGCUACAAGGAGUCCAAGCCGGCCGUGGCGGUACUGCGCUCCUUCCCCGACGGCAGAGCCAAGCCGCCAGGCCUGGGGCGGGACAACCCCCCCAUCCACAUGGCCUCCAUCAAACCAAAGCGAUCUUUCGUGGAGUCCAACGUGUGACUCCCCCCUGUUCUCCACUGGACUGAACACUGACGGCAAAAAAGACAAUUUAUAGAAGGAAAUCGCGCCCAUCUCAACGUUUCAGUCUGUAAGCUUUUAAAAAAUUAAAAAAAAGAUUGAUUUGUAAUGUGUGAAUAUGGGCCUCAGGCAGCACUGAGUUAGCACACAUUUGCUCUUUCUACCACGUUAACAGCCAUAAUGCUUCUGUGACAGGACAGCACGCUUACCGCUGCCCGGCCAAGCUGGACACUGCACUGAGACCACUCAAACGCCAUACACACACAGCCAGAACGGCAGCACUUUAACAGUUAAUAUAGACCUUUCAGGUGCUUAUACAAAAACGUUUUAUCACACAGUUCUAUUAUUAUUUAACUAGGAUAGAAUAAAGGUGUCUGAGCUCUGUGUUGGUAAAAAUCAAUGGUGCUGAUGGGCUUGCCAAAAUGAAAGAUUUGGUAGCAGAUGGAUGAAAAUUUGGAGAAGGGCAUUCCUAAAUUUUGCAAAGGAUAAACAAGUCCUUACUUUGUAUGUAAAUAUAAUUCCUUCUUUUAAGUGAAGGUAUAUGUCGUCGUAAUUGACUUUCAGGUGUGUGUCUGAACUUUUUUUUUUUUAAACACUAAAACAUAAUUUUCCUGUAUGUUUGUACAUUGUAUAAAUCGCCCUGUGUUUAAAUCUAUGUAUCAGUGUGUUGCUGUCUAGGUUAAUUUAUUUACAGCUCCUAUGGCUUGGUCAAUUGUAAAAGCAAUAUUUUAUAUAGUUAUUUUUGCACAGCUGAAGAGACAUUUUCAAAUUCCAAUAAGCUUUAUCAAGCUAAUUUUGCUUUAAGUGCAUGCUACAGUUGCUGUUUAUAAUAAAAUCUAUAAAAAGGAUUUGGUGGGGUUGGGCUGUCAGCUAUAUUUUAAUAUAUGUUAUUUGAAAUUGUUGACAUGUUUGCAGUAUCGUGAACUGUGUUUCUCGUUAUCACAUACUGUAAUAUUGCAUUACUGCCAUUAAAGUCCGUUGGUAAUACCAGUCCUGUCUUUUAAAUGUCCUUGUGUGGGAUACUGGUGAAUGCUGUGGCACCGCAGGUCUUGGGAACCGAUGAGGACUGAAGUAUCUGGAAUCCAUCAUAGAAGAUAUUAUUCAGGAUGGUAAACGCAACACUGAUUCCAAUGGUGAAGGUCAUGGUUAAGAAAUAAUCUGGAUUUUGGGUAAGUUACAAAACAUUUUUACAACAUUUGGCCUUUCCAUAUGCAUUUUCCAUAUGCAUAUGUAUUUUUUUUUAAUAAAACUGUUUAAUGAAUUCCAAAAUGAAAAACUUGUGAAACUAGAAUCUGAGACUCUAGGACCUGCAACUUUCUCCAGGGAGCCUCAAAACUGGCUUCAGCUUAGCGUACAAAGAGAGUAUUUCAGGAACUGGAAUCCAGGGAUUGUUGUGGGAACCCUGC